UCCUCAUGUUACGUCAGGAGGCGGCAAAGUCGAGGAAGCAGGAAGUUUCCAGAAAUGGAUCCCUUUCUGGAUUUACUGAAUUCAUUUUCGAGGGCCUUGUCCCUAGAGGAGCUUGCAACUCUUAAAUUUCUUUGCCAGAGCCAUAUUGGUAAAAAAAAACUGGAGGGCGUGAACAGCGGCAAUGAGCUCUUCACUCUUCUCCUGGAACAGGAAAGAAUUACGUGUGACAAUGUAGAGUUUUUGAGAAGCAUGCUCAAAACUCUGAAAAGAGAAGAUCUACUAACCCAACUGGAAGAGUUCAUCGAAGCAGAUGGCGAUCCAGAGCAUCAGCCAGAUGUUGAACAGAAAUAUAAACUGGACAGAGCUUUUGAAAUCAUAUGUGAACACGUUGGGAAGAACUGGAAAAUGCUCGCUCGAAAACUUGGAAUUUCAGAUACCAAACUGGAUAAGAUUAUGGCUGCUAAUCCAUAUAACUUGGAAGAACAGUUGAGGCAAUCACUGGUAGAAUGGCGAAAAUUAAAGGGAAAGGAAGCAAAUGUGGAAGAUGUAAUAAAAGCUCUCAGGGGCUGUCGGAUGAAUCUAGCAGCAGAUUAUGUUGAAGAAGGUUUGAAAGAAACCUGAAACUCAGUAGAAUCAGUCAGAAGAGACUAUGCUGGCAUUGAAUUAAAAUUUUACAUGAGAGAAGACUAUUUAGCUGUCACCGAAAAUAUGGGGACUUAGUUGCAAUCGACAGAUUACUUACCUAUCGCAUUUUCAUUCAGUGGAAUUCAGCUGCCUAAGUGAUUUCCUGUUAAGGACUAACUGCGAGCCAAUCCUAAGAUCUCAGCAAACGAAAUUGUAAGAAUCAAAUUUCAACACAAUUUAAGCCAGUUUUCAUCCAUUUGGUCCCUUUCAAAUACGUUAGGGCUACAAAACCUAAUCAGUAUGGCUGGAGAUCUUGGGAACUGUAAUCCUCAUUCAUGUUGAGGGCAAUAGCUUGGGAAAAACAGGCAAGCUCAUUGCAUGCAUUUAGGUGGAAACACAGCCGGGGCAGAAAAACUUCUUUUUCUUUUCUUUCCUUGCAACAACUGUGAAGAAAUAAAGUCUGCUUGAUCUGUA